CCUACCCUAGUGUCACACCACACCACACACACACGUCAUUCAUUUUCUUGGAGGAGGAUGAUCACUGUGGUCUCUUUGACUUGUUGUAAAAUAGUGCCGUGAGUGAAGAAAACUGCUCCAGUUGAUUUUACAAUUAAUUUGGAGAAAAGCAACCGCAACCAUGUUCAGCUGGCUAAAAAAGGAAGGUGAAAAAUCCGAAAGCAUCGAUAAUGUGGUGGAGGGUCUCAAAAGGAUUUACAAAACCAAACUUUUACCAUUGGAAUUGCAUUAUCAAUUUCAUGACUUCCACUCACCGCAGUUGGAAGAUCCUGAUUUUGACGCGAAGCCUAUGAUAUUGUUGGUAGGCCAGUAUUCAACCGGUAAAACGACCUUCAUAAAAUAUCUCCUAGAGCGUGAUUUUCCUGGCAUUCGAAUUGGUCCAGAGCCCACCACAGAUCGGUUCAUUGCAGUAAUGCACGAUGAAAAAGAGGGUGUUAUACCGGGUAAUGCUCUUGUUGUGGACCCCAAAAAGCAAUUCCGUCCUCUCAGCAAGUUUGGAAAUGCUUUUCUGAACAGGUUCCAGUGUUCCACCGUUAAUUCGCCUGUGCUAAGGGGUAUCUCGAUUGUAGACACUCCUGGAAUUCUAUCUGGUGAGAAACAACGUGUUGACAGAGGCUAUGACUUUACUGGAGUAUUAGAAUGGUUUGCUGAGCGAGUAGAUCGUAUCAUUCUCCUCUUUGAUGCCCAUAAAUUAGAUAUAUCUGAUGAAUUCCGACGCAGCAUAGAAGCAUUGAGAGGUCAUGAUGACAAGAUUCGCAUUGUUUUGAACAAAGCUGAUAUGAUUGAUCAUCAGCAACUAAUGCGUGUUUAUGGUGCAUUGAUGUGGUCUCUAGGUAAGGUGCUGCAAACACCUGAAGUUGCCCGUGUAUAUAUUGGUUCAUUCUGGGAUCAACCUCUCCGCUAUGACGUAAACAGAAGACUAUUUGAAGAUGAAGAGCAGGAUCUCUUUAGGGAUAUGCAAUCCCUACCUAGAAAUGCAGCUUUACGUAAACUAAAUGAUUUGAUAAAAAGAGCACGCCUUGCUAAAGUCCAUGCAUACAUUGUCAGUGAGCUGCGAAAAGAAAUGCCUUCAGUAUUUGGCAAAGAUGGAAAAAAGAAGGAACUGAUUAAGAAUCUUGGCCAGGUGUAUGACCGUAUACAGCGAGAACAACAGAUUUCUCCUGGAGAUUUCCCUGACAUCAAGAAGAUGCAAGAAACAUUAGCAAACCAUGACUUUACAAAGUUCCACCCACUGAAGCCUAAACUGUUGGAGGUUGUGGACCACAUGCUGGCUACUGAUAUUGCUCGACUUAUGGAUAUGAUACCACAGGAAGAUGUCAAUGUUGUCAUGGAACCACUUAUUAAGGGUGGUGCUUUCGAAGGUGUUGAAGAUCAGGUGUCGCCAUUCGGUUACGGACGUGGUGAGGGUGUCGACGCCGGCCAUGGCGACCCAGAAUGGAUUUGCAGCAAGGAGAAACCAAGAUACGACCAGAUCUUCCAGUCGCUCAAUCCCAUCGACGGCAAAGUUACCGGAGCUGCCGCCAAGACAGAGAUGGUGAAAUCGAAGCUACCCAACUCAGUGCUGGGGAAGAUCUGGAAGCUUUCCGACAUCGAUAAGGAUGGCUUCCUUGACGACGACGAGUUUGCACUCGCCAUGCACCUGAUCCGCGUCAAGAUCGACGGCCACGACCUGCCCUCCGAGUUGCCCCCGCACCUCGUGCCGCCUUCCAAGCGCAACUAAAUUAUUAUUAUACUCUAUGAGAUUGCCUGCGUAUGAACGACAAGCCACUUGUACCAUUAAUUCGCUUCCCAGUUCCAGUAGAUGUGCUAUACUAUUCUCCCUUAAGUACUUUUUAGCAAGUACUAAACAGUACGCGUUAUGAACGAUAUUACAGAAAACGCUUGUCAUUCAUACGUUUGUUUACAAAGCGCAUUUAUCCUAUCAACAUACAGCUUAAUACUUCUGUCCCAUUAAAAAAAUCACCACUUUUCAGUGACUUUACUAUUACUAGCAGUCUGUGAGUGUCUUACUGUUUUGUGUGUUAUAUUUUUUAUUAUAAAGCAAAUUAUUCAUUCAAGAAUGUGAUUUAGAGCCUUUAACCAUAGGAUAAUUUCAAUCGUUAAGACUUGGUCAUAAACUUGUUAAGACAAUCAAUCAAUACAAGUGAACAACAAGCUUAACAAGUGUUAACUUUAGUUAUUUCUAGUUUACAAUAAUUGCGACUCAGUUUAUCAAUUAAUUGUAUGUGCUUAAAAAUAAUUAAUUACCUACUUCAAUAAAUAAUUCCGAAAGUCUACUCUGUUUCACCAAAAUAUAUUCUCGUUUAAAUAAACAAUUGCAAAUUUUCAUAUCAUAAAUAUUAGCUUGCAUUGUGUGUGGUAGAAUACUGUCGUGGAUCGAGGAUAAAAACUGGUAUUUACAGAGAAUACAUACACACACUCGACAGUAUCAUUUGCAAAAAUGUAGGUAGGUACAUUUUUUGGACAUUGUUUUUACUUUUUCUUGUAUUGAAUAAUAGCAUUGGGAUUUGUUGAUUCGUGCAUAAUUUAGUAUGCCAUUGUCAUUGGAUUUUGGGUACAGAUUAUAAUUGUACACUCAAACGUAUUAUCAAAAAUUUUAGUUAUUAUGGAAUAUUAAGUUAUAUUCAAAUGUCUAGGCUACUUAAUUUAUUUGAUGAGUUUAAUGUUUGGUGCUCCCAGAGUUUAAAUUAUAUUGUUAGAGAAACUAUUUUAAAUUUGCAUUAUGUAAUUAAUACAUUAAUUUCCUAUCUCAUUUUUUGUUAUAUUACCUACGUAACUUUUUUAUAUAUAAUGCAUAAUACAUUUAACCCAAUAUUUGAUAAUUUAAUGUCAUAAUGGAGCAGCGGUGGUAUUUGUAUAGAAACACUGGUUAAUUAUUUUAAUUCAACAGAAAGCUCUUUAUUGCUAUAUGUUUGUUAUGUUAUAACUAAUAAUGUAAUAACAUGUUGCAACUAUGAAUUAUGAUUAUAUAAACAUAUUAGGUAAGUAAUUGUAACAAUUGUUGUUGAACAGAACUGAUAAAAUAGUAAAUACAAUCACAGCUAUAAUUGCCUGCUGCUUCAUAAUAUGUUCCUAUUAGUAAAAUCUGGUUGAUAUUAACAAUUUUAGCAAAAUUAUUGUCUAUUAUCUAUCACUGAGCAAAUAUAUUCAUUCUAAAAGCACUUUUUAAAGUUAUGAAACUGGAGCUGAAAUGUAAUUCAGAUCAAUUUAUCUAUAUUUUACUCUAUAUGAUAACAUGGCAUUUACUCAGCCUAAAAUUUUCUUAAUAUGGUGCCUUUCCUAUAUUACUAAUAUAAUGUCAAGAAAUGCUAGGGUGUUUUCUAAGAUAUUUAGAAUCAAUACAUACACCCAGAGAGUAAGCACUUUUACUGUAUGGUUGACUUAAUAACAACUAGGUAUUUAGUAUGGGCUAUCUGUAAAUACAGAAUUUUAUAUAUGGGUUAGAAUUUUUGGAAUGUGUAUUUUUAUGUCCUGUUCAGUGUAAUGAUGGUCCAGAAAUAUCUCUAUACAUUUGGAUUAUUAUUAUGGUGGACUAUCACAGAACAGGACAUAUUAUCAAACAAGUUUUUACAUUUGCUACCGAGUGUACAUAAAUAUAAUGUAAAUGUAUUAUCAUAAAUUAUACAAUAGAGUGUAUGGAAAUAAAUAGUUAAGAAAGCACA